ACCAGCUGACAUUAACGAAUUUACCCUUGAGACCCCCACGAAAAACCGCUCCAAAUAAUUCUCCCAAUUUUUUACCACUCGAUUCACUCCACUCACUACAGUCUCCUCGCUGCACAGCCGCUCGCGUCAACGGGAAAAUUAGCAAAAUAUAUUCGACGACGACCCGACGGAACCGUAAAACUUCACUCUUGUCAGAAGCGAGAGAGAGGCCGCAUGUCGCGGGGCCGGAGGGGGCAAAAAGAGAGCCGUAAGGACGCCUUUGUGCUAUUUCUGUCACGUAGACCCCCCCAGUAUAUGCAAUUCCACUACACAUAAAAUUCACAAGUCAAAUCUCGGUUCAUCGUCACACAUCUAGGAAAAUUGUGCGUCUGCAAUCGUCAAUCUGAGAGAGAACACAUCCCUGGUGUUGACAGAACCAGUGUUUUUCGCAGUGUUUACCGUGGAAUUUUUGGAGUUCAGAGUGGAAAAAAUGAUCGCGAUCAUGGAUUGUUUUCGGCACUAGCGGAGUGAUUACCGAGUGACAGAUAGUAAAGUUUUUUCGUGAGAAGUUGGGAAAAGGAAUACCGAGGGGUUUCGGAUUUUGAGAGUAAUUUCAUCGAGGUGUCACGGUAAUUCACUUUUCGGAGCGAAUUCUCCUGUGUUUUGAGUGCGCGUUAUCUCUUUGUGUGUCGCUCGUUGGCGUCACGUCAGUGCCCGCUGUUUCUGGAAAAAAAAUAGAUAGUGAUUGUAAUAUAAGGGCCUUUGGCGGCUCAAUUGUUUGGGGACAGUGAAGUGAGUCCACGCGAAAAUAGUGCGACGGUCGUUGGGGAUUUGACUCUGGCAAGUGGUGAUCGGGGACUCUGUAUUUUUUUCAUUAUAUUCGUCGAAUAACAAAGGGAUUCACCACUGUGAUGUACCGAAAGUGUAGCACUGAGGAAUACUCCGUUACAUCGACCAUCAAGUUACUGCACUCGAAGAGGAAAGGAAUCUUCAUAAAAAAAAUGAUCAAGGACACGAUAAGUCUCAGAAGUCCCCAAAGUUUCCUAGCUUUUCGUUUGUACUGAGGGGAUUAGCCGGUGUACAGGUGACAGUUCAAUUGGAGAGAUUUAUUUCUGUUCUUGUUUUUGGUGAAAUUUGAAGAGAAAUAUUUCUUUCGAUCCUUUGGUUUGCCGAGGAGCUGAUUACUCCGGCAAUAAUGGCCUGUUGAGAGCCAGGGAUUUGGGGAUCUUUGAUUGUUUGGUUGGUUGAUCGGGGAAAGCUGCGAGAGUCACGGGGAGCUCGAGGAUACUUUGAGGACAGCGGUUUUGGGGGGAAUAAUUAGCAGUCAUGAAGCUGUUGGAGAGCACUCGUUUCGAGGCCAUCAAUAAUGCCUUGUGCAUCAAGACUGGGGACAGCAAAAUCAUUGGAAGGAUUGAGAGUUACUCCUGCAAAAUGGCUGGCAAUGAUAAACAACUGUACAAGAGGUUCAACGCUGAGCAGGGAGUUACUCCGCAUGACCUUCAGGCAUUAUCACCACCACAAACAUCCCUUGGCACAUCACCAGCUCAAAGUUACUUCAGUAUUUCGGGUGAUGAGGACGGACCACUUUGUGAUACAAUAAGCCGCAAGACCCUGUUCUAUCUCAUAGCGACGCUGAACUCAGCAUUUCAUCCGGAUUAUGAUUUCUCAGACGCCAAGAGCCAUGAGUUUAGCAAAGAGCCCAGUCUACAGUGGGUUAUGAAUUCGGUUGACAGUAAUCUCAGUGCUACUGCUGGGGAUCACUAUCGCACCCUGAGAUCAACACUCUGGGCUGCGGUUGAGGAUGAGAUAUCCUUGAAUGAAUGUGAUAUUUACAGCUAUAAUCCAGACCUAGCAUCAGAUCCAUUCGGCGAGGAUGGCUGCCUCUGGUCAUUCAAUUACUUCUUCUACAAUAAAAAACUCAAGAGAAUCGUUUUCUUCACUUGCAGAGCUAUAAAUCCCCUUUACGGCUUAGACUCUGGUGUCGGUUCUGAUUUCGCAAUGGACGAGGAUGAAGACGACAGUUACUAGAUAACGACGAAUAACUCAAUUAUACUUAGUCUCUGUUCUUGGUUCCCUCCACAGGUAGACGAACGUCGAAUCCCCGCGAUAUUUUUGUUAUCAAGUUUGAUUCAAUAUUUCCUGUCUGAUAUAUUCUCAUGUAACUCUCCUCUUUGCUCAGAGAUAAAGGAAAAAUCGUUUAAGAAGUGGUGAACGAUAAUUAGUAAAAAUCUACAUUUUUUUAAUCAUCAUUAUUUCGAAAAUGAGGGAUUCCAGGAAAAGAUAUCAAUUAACUUUGAAAAUUUUCGUGUAAAGCACCUCAUGAUUAAAAUGACGUGAUAUAUAAUUCCACUUUAUUUAGGGAACAAGUAAUUCUAUAAGAAUUUAUCAGAGAAUUUCCAACAGAAAAUAUUUUUUGAUAUGUUUCCCCUGGAAACCCUCAUCAGCAAGAAAUUAGAGAAAAUUAGAGAUGUAAUUUUUAUUAAUCUGCAAAAGAAACAAAUAAUUCUGAAAGAAAAUUUCAGAGACUUUUCCUUCUUCAGUUGUUUAAAUUUCUAAAAAAAGGUUUCUGCAAAAAAAAAGGAAAUUCUACAAGAAUUUAUCAAAGAAUU